UUGGUACCAAAUGAAGUAAUUGUUUCUAAAAGAUUUAUAUUCCAUAAAUCAAAUUUUCCUUUUCAGUCAAAGCUUAAAAGAAAAAGCCCAUUAUCACAGCACAGCUUUUUUUGCCGUUUUUCAGGCGCAAAACGAGCAUCUUCAAAACGUCCCUCAUCGAUAUCUUUUUCGUCAACAACGCAAUCCGCGAUUUCACCAGAAAUUACGCAGUUGCCACGACGGCGUCGACGGUCAACGCUACCACGUGACAAAUGGGCUAGCAAAGUUGAAUUUUUAUUAGCUGUUAUUGGCUAUGCGGUUGAUCUUGAAUUAAAACUAACCCGAAAACGAAUAUCAAUCAAUUUAGGCGCAUUCUUGAUUCCGUACUUGGUGAUGCUCGUGGUCGGUGGCUUGCCGAUGUUCUACAUGGAGCUAGCAUUAGGACAGUUCCAUCGCUCCGGAUGUAUUAGCAUCUGGAAAAAAAUUUGCCCAAUGUUUAAAGGUACAAAAUAUUUUCAAAUUUUAGCUUAUAGUUUAAAGCUAAUAAACUCCAAACAAAUUUUUAGCAACACUGUGUAA